AUGGUUUCCUUGGCUUUGGCCUUUUCGCUGAUGUGUCUGGCGAGAAGCUUUGUGAAAGAACUUGUGAGAAAGGAGACGGUGGAGCGCGUAGCUCCAGCUGAGGAAGAGCUACCAGAACUCUGGUACUCGCCUUACGGAGAGAAGACCCACACCUCAGGAAGAUGUCAUGGCCUCAGGAACGCAACCAGCGUACACCGAGUACUACCAUGCAAGUACUGCUGUCCCGGCGGACUCCGAUCCCGGGAGCAACGCACCUUCGAGUACAAGAGAACCCUUUUGGAAGCAGCAGGAAAGUACCUUUGGCUAAAAGUCUUCAUGGUUGUGGUUCUCAUGGGCAUGUCAUGGUUCAUGGUGUUUGAAGUGAACGAGACCUACGGCUACCCGUUGGCCAUGAACCGCAUGCUGAACUACAGGAACAAGGUCCUCAGCCUCGACAACAAGAACCCCAAGAAGAAGCAUGUGAUAAAGGAGAUUACCCCAGCGGAUGUUGUACCUGCCGGGAAGAGCCAAGAAGGUGAUGUCGCGGAGUAUAACGAGAACCUAAAGAACGAAGAAGUUCCCCACGUGAACUACUACAAGAACCUUGUGUUUGAGUUGGUUUUGGAGUUUCAAGAGAAGUUGCACAGGUCAGUUUGCAGCGUUCUUUUCAAGAAGCGCGCUCUCAACAACGACAUCCUUGAGAAGAUCAACGCAGUCGAGAUGGAAGCAGUGAACAAAGAAGAACCUGGUUGGCACAACACAGACAGCAUGGUGAUCGUCAAGUACGCCACUCAAAGCAGCUACGAGAACCCAUCUCUCAUGUAUAGCCCUACGCACUUUCCGUACAGAAGCACUUUGGUGAAAGAAGAGAGAGGAUGGAGAGCAGUUGAAGUUUCAAAGAAGUACUCCGAGAAGGCAGACCCUUUUGAAGAGUUUGCAGAAGGAGAAAAGGAAGUGGUUACAGCCAUUUCAGCAAAGCCAAUUCCACUUUGGAUCCUUGGCACCCCUUAUGCAGCUGGAGACCGAGCAGAGCAAGAAAGUCAUGGUCGUGACUACUGGAAAAUGGACCUCGAGAAGGGAGAAGUUGUUCGUCACCACGUAGUACCGAGAACUGUACUGUUUGACCCGACAGGAGUUGCCAACUGUCCUGUCCUCCUUGGAGAUCUUGAGAACAGCAGGUAUACCCAAGGAGACUGCAUCUACAGUACGGAGAUCUACGAACACAGCGACGACUGGAGAGCAGACCGCCUACCUCUACGUGAACACUUUCGUUUGCCGUGGUUUGGUCAAACAAGGUUCCGUGUGAAGCCAGAAGUUGUUGAAGACCUAAAAGCAGAAGCUGCAGCAGAGGAGCUAAAGAAGAAGAAGGAAGAACACUACAAAGAGAAGGAAGAUUCAGCAGCACCACCAGAAGCGCAGGAGAGUAAAGACGAAGAGAUGAGAGAGGCACCAGCAGACCAAGAAGCACCACAAGAAGUUGUUGAAGUUUUGGAGGAAAGCUUCUACCACGAAGGUGUCGAGUACACAGCGCAGAAAAGCAGUCUUAAGGAACUACAAGCACUUUGCAGAGAGUACAGAGUGAAGACAACAGGAAGCAAGAAGCAGCUCUUGAAGAGACUCGCCACAGCAGUCAGAGAAGAAAGGCUCAGCACGCAACACAAGGAACAACGGGAACACCACCAAGCAUACCACCUAGCACCACCACAGGAACCAACGGAAGAGGAGAGAGCGUACCACAACUUGACGCACCUUCCGUAUCAGCCUUGGUGUCCCCAUUGCGUUGCUAUGAAAGCACGAGAAGACAACCACAAGAAAGGAUUGAGCAAGCCAAGCAGCUCUACGGAUUCCGCGAAGCCCGUCAUCAGUUUUGACUUUUGCUAUACAAGCACCACAGGAAGUGAAGAGCCACCAGCAGUGACUCUUGUCGCUGUGGACAGCUGGAGCAAGGCAGUCUUGGCGGAACCAAGCUCACCCAGCAAGCUACGAAAGCAAGUCAACAGAGCAGAGGAAACAGACGGUUACCUCAACAUGCCACAUGAUGAUGAAGUCUACGAAGCAGAUGAUGAGUUUGUGUACGAGUCGGAAGAAGAAGAAGAGGAGGAGACAGAGAGUGAACCAACGGAAGUUUCUACCAAGGUCCCUGUCGAGUUCUUCGACGAGGAGAAAGGACCACCGAACGUGGAUCCGGCUUUUCUUCAGAAGUUGGACGAUGAAGCUACAGUCAAAGAAAUCAAAAGGUUAACAAAGAUGGGAGUUAUUUCGUUGGUUUCUACAGACCCUCAGGAAGCAACUGAUAGCGUACCUCUGGUAGAUUCAGAGCAAGAACUUCACAAGUGGUUGACAACGAAGUUGGUGAAAGAUUGGAGGUUCAGAGAAGCUACAGGUUUUGAAGCUGAAGAAGCCAAAGAAGGAACAACAAAGCCCAAGCAGAUUCAAAGAAUUACAAAACUGGUGCCCAUGUUGGCUCUUGCCAACCAUUGGGCGAUCUACAGUGUCGACGUGAAGGACGCGUUUCUACAAGAAGAGUUUUGCCAGGUCAACGCGACGCAUCCAGUCUUUGGUCAGACUUUUGUGAUGGUCUUUUGGUGGAAGAGAAGUUUGAGCGUUGCACUGCAGUUCCAGCACUUUACCGUCUUCUACGACAAGGAAAAGUUUUUGAAGAAGCAGAAGGAGGUGAAGGAAAAGGAAGACAAAGUUACAGAAAGAGAAGAGAAGUUAGAGAAAGACCGAGAGACCCUCCAAGGACAAGCUAAGGUCUUAAGCGAGAAGGAGACAGCCCUUGAAGAAGCUGAGGAGAACGUCAAAGCAAAGGAAGCAGAGGUUGAGAAGAAGAAGAAAGAGGCAGAGAAGAGAGAGAGAAAAGCCCAGGAAAGAACCGCCGGCUACGACCAGGAGAGAGAAGAGUACGCCAAGAAGUACGUUGACGACGCAAAGAAGGACUUGGAGAGAGAGCUUAAAGUGCUAAAGCAAGAAGAGAAAGUAAGGAACCAGAAGCUCGACGACCUCCAGUACGACUACAAGAGCCUCAAGGACGACUACCAGUACUUCAAAGGUUACUCACAGGAAGUGGACGCACUUCUACUUGCAGCUAAGGACAAGAUCGUGAAGUACAAGAAGAAGGUCAAAAGCCUCAAGGAAACCUUAGGUGCAACCUUGUCUGGAAGCGAAGGUGAAGAAGAGACAGAAGAAGCGUACAAGAGCAAAGCAGAAGAAGAGAAAGAGAAGAAAGAAGCGCAGGCAAAAGAGGAAGAGAAGAAGAAAGGAAAAAGGCCAAAGCAGGUAGAGACAGAAGACCAAGAAGAGAAGCCGUCAAGCAACCAAGGAGACGAAGCUACCGUCGACCCGAACGACAUAGCCGAGUUCACGCAGCUUGGCUACGUGUGGGAGUUCAACAAGAAGACGCAAGAGUACCGCGCGAAGUGUGAAGACAAGAAAGGUGCAGCGAGAAUCAAGAAUGCGCCUGUCAAGGGACGCAUGCUCUGGAACAAGGUGACAGAGUGUUACAGGAAGCACAACGUUUGGUUUACAGACGGAAAGGAGUUGGAUAAAUUCCUCGAGACCAAGGAGAACGAGAAGAUCGAGGAAGAGGUGCAGCGACGCAUCCACGCGAAAGGCAAGCACGACAACCAAGGAACGAAGGGAAAAGGCCCUUCCUGGGACGACGGACAGAGCGACGGUUGGUACUACAACGAGCAGUGGAACAACGAGAACUGGAGCACCACCGACGACGGCAGCAACUGGUACGAGAACGCGAACCCGCACAACAAAGGCUACUGGCAGACGCCAGAAGAGUGGGCGCAGCAGAACCAGUGGGACCAGUGGACACCCAAAGGAAAGGGUAAAGGCAAGAAGUCCAAGAACUGGGCACAGACCCAGUGA